AUGAAUUGGGCGAUCCUAGAAGGCCUCAAAAGGAGGGUCUCAGGCAUGGUUGGAGCAUGGGUGGACGAGCUCCCUAGCAUCCUGUGGGAAAUGCGAAUGACCCCCAUGUCCGCCUCGGGAGAAUCCCCAUUCAGCCUGGCAUUCGGAACUGAAGCGGUGCUUCCACCUGAGAUGGUAUUCCUGACCUUGCGCACUAUCACCUUUGAGCAAGGUGACUCCGAGGAGGGCCUCCAGGCUAACCUGGACCUCCUCGAGGAAAGAAGGGCCGAAGCACACUUGCGCACCCUGUCCUACAAAAAGGCCAUGGCCCGAAUCUACAAUCGCAAGGUCUGCCCAUGGUCGAUCAAGGCCAGGGACCUCAUCCUUUGGAAGAAUGAAGUAAGAGACCCGACCCAAGUGAGGGGGAAGCUCGCACCAAACUGGGAAGGCCCCUAUCGGGUCUACGACGUGGUUCGAGAAGGAACCUAUUGA